AUGAAUACUAAUACUGAUGAACAUCUUGCAAAAUUAAAACAGCAAUGUGAACAAGGACUUGUCACACAGGAAGUUUAUGACAGAAAGCAACUCCAAAUUCUUGAUGAAGAGGAUAGUAAAGGGCCUACCACAAGCCAAGAGAUACAGAAUCUGAAUGCCCAGUUGGCAGCACAGCAAGAAGAGUCUAGUGGUGGCAGACAAACAGAAAGUCACAAUAUCACUGGAAACUCCAUUGAAACCCUUCAGCAAUUGGGAAUUCAAGGAUUCUCACAGAUAUCAACAACAAAACAGAACAAGGGGCACUUUCAAAACUUCUGGUCGAGCUGUCUGACCCCUAACUCCAAUGAGUCAAUUUAUGUUUUUUCUUACUUACUUGCUGCAGUGAACACUUUCAGAGAUGAUUUCAAAUUUUGGCCAGAAAAAUUAAUUGAGGGAAUCAAUGGAAGGGGCCCUGUCAAUUUUGCAAUAGAAGCAUACAAUGGGCAGAUAGUUGGAAUGAUGGAAGUCAAAAAGGGAGGACUUCAAGAAAGUGGUUGCACAGAAUGCUGGAACUUAAUUGACAUAUAUUUCUUGUAA